AUGUCUGAACCAGUUGCUAAACAACAAAAAUUGUCACAAUCUUUAAAAAUCCAAUUACGUUCAGAAGACGCUACAGUUCCAACCAAGGGUUCAAAGACAGCCGCUGGUUACGAUAUCUAUGCCUCCAAGGAAUGUAUCAUUCCAGCCGAAGGACAAGGUAUGGUCUCCACUGAUAUCUCUUUCACCGUACCAGUUGGUACUUACGGUAGAAUUGCACCAAGAUCCGGCCUAGCUGUUAAGCAUGGUAUUCAAACAGGUGCUGGUGUCGUUGAUAGAGAUUACACUGGUGAAGUCAAGGUUGUUUUGUUUAACCACUCUAAGAACGAUUUCAAGAUUGUUAAGGGCGACAGAGUUGCUCAACUAAUUCUAGAAAAAAUUGUCGAUGAUGCAGAAAUCGUCGUUGUCGAAUCAUUGGAAGAUAGUGAUAGAGGUGCUGGUGGUUUCGGUUCCACAGGUAAAUAG